CAGUUCUCCUUUAAAUACAUGUUGCAAAGUAUAUUUAGGUAUUUAUUACUAUUAUUUAUUUAAUUUUGGGACAGAGAGAGUAGUAUAUUGUACAUUGCCACGAGCAUGAUUAAACCCGAGAUCCUAGCCGUUAGCAAGAGCGCGAAUGUACCAUAACUCCUUUCAAAUGAGCCCAUACCUACCAGUAUAAAUUUGACAUCUUUGGGUCAUAUUCUCAAACACGCGAUAGGCAUGGCCAUCAACGAAGACCGUGAAGAACACGACACAUUCACUCCUCCGUACCUCCAUCUAAUCUCCGCGUUUCUUGCUAUGGAACCGCCGGACGUCAUGAUCUCAUUGGCAAGGGAGUGUGGCGGUGGUUUUAUUGGGGAUAGAGUUCAGAGCUUCAUUUGGAAUGGUUGCAUUUGUGAAGCAAUGAAAAUUGGGUUAUGCCAGGGACCUUACCUUAGAAGGGUUCUGAAGAAGUUAAUUGCUGAAAUUGAGUCCGAGAGAGGCGUUGUUUUGGAUGAAUUAUACGAGCAUUAUGCUUAUAUUAUGGCCUCUUCUAAGGAUGAUAAUUCUGCUGAAGGGAAGUCAAAGAUUGUGAAAAAAAUUUCAUUUCUUUUUCCUGAUGAUUGUGCUAAGCUUCUAAGCUGUCCAAAAUCUAAGAAAUUGGAAGUCUCACUCCAGUGUUCCCUAAACUUGCUCGAAGGAGAUACGGGGUGCUCCAUCUGGCCUUCGAGUCUUUAUCUUGCAGAGUUUGUACUCUCUUUCCCGGAAUUAUUCUUCAAUAAAUCCUGUUUGGAGGUUGGUUCUGGUGUGGGUUUGUUGGGUGUUUGUCUGGCCCAUGUGAAGGCCUCUUCUAUCAUCCUGAGUGAUGGUGACCUGUCCACUUUGGUGAAUAUGAGGCAAAAUGUGGAGUCUAACCUUAUGCACUCCAACACUAAUGUCCCAGAAGUAAACAAGGACCCCACUAUGGUGCAGUGUGUUCAUCUACCCUGGGAAUCUGCAACAGAGACUGAGCUGCGAAAUUAUGCCCCAGACAUAGUGUUGGGAGCCGAUGUGAUUUAUGAUCCCGUGUGCCUUCCGCAUCUAGUCAGAGUGCUGUCUAUUCUUCUCAAGGGCAGUACACCAUACGAUGCUGACAAGUCCCGGAUGGCUAAUCAAAGCACUGCAACGUGUUCUGGACGAUCAUUUCCGUUCCUGGAUCCAUGCCCUGUAGCCUACAUAGCCUAUGUGAUUCGUAAUCUGGAAACUUACAAUUGCUUUCUUCGGUUAACAGAGGAAGCGAACCUAUGUGUCACUGACAUGACUGAAGCAAUGCAGCCAGUGGACUUGCUUCCGUAUGCAAAAUCUUACGAGCGAUCCAGGGUCCGCAUCUUUAGCAUCGCGUAUUUGUAAUUGUACUGUGUUAAGAGUGCUUUAGAUAUUCUGAUUCUUCCCUAAUUGAGUAAUGAUAGAAAAUAUGACCAUAGUAACAGCUGGAGUUUUGGUAAAGAUAAUGGAUUGGUAUGUGGAGACGACUUGAAAUAAUGCAAUUAAUGAGGCAUACUUUCUCUAUUUUAUACUACAUUCCUUGUGUUCCAAACAAAUGAAUCUCAUUUCUGGAACUAAUUACAUCAUUUUGGCUUUCG